AUGUUUUGGAAUACCAUAUUAAAUGAAAGUAGAACAACUACACCCAUAUUAGAAUUCUUACGACAUGCAAGUAAGAAAACUGGAGGCAGUACAAAAAAUACGAGUUGUAAAGUAAAACCAAAGCGCAGAGGUUGGAAAGUACAAGAUGGUCAUUCAGUACGAUUAGGGCACAUUCUAGCUACACAGCUUACGACAAGAUUUCAUCCUGGACUUAAUGUUGGUCUUGGGAGGAAUGGAACUUUAUUUGCAAUUGAGGCCGGUAAAGUUGUUGUUACCUGUGAGAAGUUUGACCCCGACUGGGAACAUACUUGGGUCCAAAGAAUAUAUGCUGGACGAGAAAAUCAAACAAUAUUUAAGAAAUAUUUUAAUGUCAUACCUGAACCCCAGCAUACAAGAUUUAAACUAGUUGAUGAAGUU